AAGAAGGGCAAAAAUUGUCAACAAAAAUUCCAAACCACUUCCCGUUUUGUCUCUAUCAGCUGCUGGUUGAGCUCACAUCUUUGCAACACCCAGAAAGGAGAAGAUUGUGAAGACCUUCCCACAAAGUUUUGCAUAGCUUGAAUCUUGCCAUCUCCGAAUCUUCAAGAAGUGUCCGAAAAGAAAGAACUGCACCUAUCAAGAACAUAAAGAUUCGUUAUUCUUCUUUGCGGGGGCUUCCUUUUCCUGCACUGAAACUGCUUUUGGAAAUUUGACAAAACAGUGAUGAACUAUCAUUUCCUUCAAACAAGAUGCAUGGAUUCUCCACUGUUGAUGGCUUUGUGGAGUUAACAGAGUGCAUGGCGGAGAUGAUCAAGUAUGUAGCAAAUGAACCCUCUGUAGGGCUUUUCUAUGUUCAGCAGCACACUCAAAAUGCAAUUCCCAACGUGACUAAUCUCAAGAAUAAUAUCAUAGAAAAGUUGUGUGAAACAAUUUUGCACACUGAAGAUUUAGAAGAUUCUAUCACCAUGGUGAAAUCAGUUAAAGAUUGUGGUUUCCCCAUUGCUGAUGAGAUGAUUAGAGACAUAAGGACGUCUCUGGCCAUGGUAUCAGCAAAACAACCAAGAAGAGGAUUAAUCCCUAGCCCAACUUCAGGUUUUCAACUAGGAAGAACUAGUUCAUGGGGACCAUCCACUUGGGAUCAUAAUGGGGUUCAGCAGGGAAGCAGAAGAAAGGUUAAUUAUUUUUCUACUGUAUUUAAUACUGCGAGAAAAAGAGCCAGCAAUUUCAAGUGGCCACAGCUUGAUCCGAAGGAUUCGACACCAGCUCCAGUUGAGAAGCUACUGUCUUAUAAUAAUCCAUCAGAACUGGUUGCAUCUGCUAGCACUAGUUCAUCUUUGCCUGACAUGGAAUCUGAUGAACUGCCUUUGUCAAGUCAGGCUGCUGAUGAGCUACAGCCGGAAGAUGAACAAGCUGAAACGAAUGAUGCACCGGGCAACGUAUUGUCCCCACAAGCAAACUAUGAUGACUUCAAGGCUGUGAAAGAAGCUAAACUAGAGGAGUGGUUGGGAAGGGCUAAUAACAGCCUAGAUAAAUUGCAAGAGGCCAAGUAAAAAGAGGAGGCUAGUGGGGUUUCUUUUUAAGGUUCUUUAUUUUCAUUUUUCUUUCUUGUAGCAAUAGUUUAGAUGCUGAGGAAUCUUUUACUUUGUACAAUGUGUUGUUUGUAAUGUACUGAUCCCUGGAUGAUGAUUGUGUUUGAUCGAUCGCAAUAAAAUUUUCUGACGAGAAGCUUUUUUAUUGGUUC